AUGGACAAGGACAGCCCUCAACUCGUGGACAAGGACAGCCCUCAACUCGUGGACGAGGACAGCCCUCAACUCGUGGACAAGGACAGCCCUCAACCCGUGGACGAGGACAGCCCUCAACUCGUGGACGAGGACAGACCUCAACUCGUGGACCUUCUGAUCGUGGCCAAGAAGGUUUGGAUGAACGACCAAGUCCUAGCCACCCCCCGGGCACCAACCACAAUCCCGAAGAGCAGAAUGAGAACGAAGAAGCAAUAG